AUGAGAGUCCACAGCAGGCUUUUGGCCAUGGCCACGGACGCUGGGGCAGCGAAACCCUUCAGACCCGCUCCAAUGGCACUGCUACCACCAAUUCCCCUGUAUCGACGUCUGCUGCGUGCUCAUCGAAAGAGACUACCAGUAGAAGAACGACUGCUUGGGGAUUUGUAUGUUAAAGCAGAAUUCAGAGCCCACAAGGAUAUCGAUAAUCCAGUUCAAAUUAUCGGAUUUCUAACGGAAUGGCAAUUGUAUGCCCAACAAAUUGAAGGCGAUACUUGGAAGGGUGAAAAGAUGGACAAGCAAAAGAUUGACAAAAUGAGUGAUCAGCAAAUCGGGCAGUUGUACGAAUUGAUGCAGGCUAUUCGAGAGCGAGAGUUAGAGGAAAACGACCCUGAACACGAGUCUAAAUGA